AUGUCGAGUUUAGAGGAACCUCUUUUCAUUGAGAGCCUGCCAAAAUUGAAUGGUUCUGGUAGGGUGCGGAGGUUCUCUUCUAGUGAUUGCAGGCCCAGAGUGGAUGAGAUGGAACUGGGAAACUGCAUAACUGAAGGGAGGGAAUGCAGCUCUUCAAACAGUUGCAAGUAAGUUCCUUUUUCUCCUGAUAAACUAUCCCUGUGUUAGGUGACGCAUUGUGUAGACUUUGACAUCACAGUUGUAUACUUCAUUUUUAUGCUUCUUGUUAUUCCAAUAAAAUACAACAACGAAUUCAUUUUACUUGUUUGAAAUGGAUGCGGGUACUUGUGGAUGGAAGCUGAUGAGAACUCUGAACGGUUUCUCAAUAGGACUCUAUUCUUGGAUUUUGGUAAUUGAAAAGCAAAGCUUUGGCGAAUUGGUGAUGAAUGGAAUGUUCUUCACUGAGCACCGAAUGCUGUGGUCUCUUGUUCUGGUCAAAUUAUUGAAAGUGAUGUGACAGUCAGUUUGUUGCUUCUAGGAAUAUGAGUAUAAUAUUGUUAGGGAGAAAUUUUGCUCACUGAUACGAAUGGUCUUUUGCUUUCCCACGGAAAAUUUUGCUGUGAAAUGAUUGCCUACGUUUUCAAAAAGAAGCCAUUACCUUGGUGAAUAAUGUUUUAAUGCAAUCUUACAUGCAAAUAAAUGAAAGUGUACAUGGAGAAUCGCAUAUCGCAGAAUGUAAAGAUACAAUUUCGUGUAGGUUCUGUGUUCCCACGCCGGUUUACAUUUUCUCGCCUGUUUACGCUUCCCUGAUUUCUGUUAUGAUUUCUAUGCACCGAUGUGGCAAUCUUUGAUCUCAUUUUUAUCUGUAAUAUGAUAAAACCUAAGAAAUUUCGUUGAUUAUUUUCAUUCUACUUUAGUGAAGAGUAUACUUGGGGAAAGCAAGCAAGGGUUGGCUUCAGAGGAGAUUCAAGGGGUCUAUCCAAUGGGAGGAACCGAACGCCCUUCAAUAGCAUUUAUGAUACACAAUCUUUGCAUGAGCGUCACUACAGUUCAUCUUUGAACGGCAAAGACGCAAGCAGUUUUGCAAACAAGGUACAUGCAAUUGUGAGGCAUUUCCCUUGUUCUUUGUUAACCUUCUUCUGUAUAUUUUUUUUCUUACCUUUAAUCCUGUGUUUCCUUUCUUGUUUCGAAAUGACAAACUGUCGGAAAUUCUAUGAUGUACUACAAUUGUUUGUCUUGGGGUAUAUGUAUCUAUUUGAAUGAAGAAUGGUAUUACAUAAUCUGGUUUGUUCUUGAGUUUAUGCUUUGUUUCCACGCUUAGUUGCAUAAAAUUUUCUUAAACAGAGUAUAAGCCUACGAUGUUUGAAGUGUGGGGUAAUAAUGCAGCGAGGCCAUAACAUGUGUUAGUUUUACCGUAAUAAAUUCAUUGAAUGACAGGUGAAAACUGGAUGACAGUGUGAGGGGCUUGUGGCCGUAAACAUUGUCAACCUUCCUUUCGUUUUUUUUCUUUAAUGAGAUGUGGAUGGUAUACUUUUUUAAAUAUCCGACAGAAAAAGGAUAUGAGUAUACGAUGUCAGUGUGCUCUAACAAAAAUCCCUGGACAAAUUGUGAAUGUGCUUUAUGGAAUGCAAUAGGCACUACUUUAGACACUGGAACCUCCCAGAAUGAAAGAUUGCAUCGCUGAUGUUUAAUGUUGGUAACAUAUUAUUUGAAUCAGAAUUCGGUGGAUAUUAAAUUGCUUUCGUUCUUGAUCCCGACCAUUGUCAAAAAUUCUGAUUAGGGUGACCAUACACCUGCUUAUCAUGAGCUUUUGCAAGAUGCUGUGUACAUAAAUCAAUGAUAUGUAAACUUCAAGUCUGAGUUUUGGUCCACAGUAAAGCCUCGUUUUAUCUGGGUUUCACGUGAAUGCGCACGUUGUUGUUUUACAUCCAUUUUUCUAGUAAUCUCUUUUUAGGAAUUUCACAAUUUCAUUGAGGUAAAGAUGAGGUCCUGACACAGAGCUCACAGUUCUUAAAAGGUUUGCCAAAAUUUGUAAAGAUCGUGGAAGUUGGGGCCAGAGAUGGACUGCAGAACGAGAAGAGCAUUGUUCCUGCGACCGUGAAAAUUGAACUGAUAAGAAAAUUGGCUUCUUCUGGGUUACCUGUUGUUGAAGCAACAAGUUUUGUCUCUCCAAAGUGGGUACCACAGGUGAUGAAUGUUUCUGCUUUUGGCGAUAUGAUUUUUUAGUCUUUUUGCUUAUGUAUACCGACCUCUAUUUUACGAUCUACUGGCUCUCAGAAGAACAACAAACCUGCAGCAAUCACUCUCUGGUUUAUGCAUGUUGAAGAUAAUCCAACGGUUUGAAACAUAAUUCAUAGUUAGUAAUUCAAAUCUUGAUAGAUUUGGAUGCUUUACAUUAGGAAAUUAUUUAAUAAUUAUUGUUGAAAUGGAUAUUAAGCAUGCCAUUGAAAGCAUGCUCUGCUGGGAGAUGUGGUAGGGUGGCACUACUGUGUCUGCUUAUCUGCCUGGUUGCGUUUUUUUUUUCUUCUCUUUUCUGUUUUCUUUUCUUUAGUUUCAAGGGAGAUCCUUUUUUCAGCUUCUUGUGAUCUUUCUUUUUUCAGUUUCAAGAGAGUCUUCUUUCUUCUUCUCCGUUGUUGUUUACUGGAUCUACUUAUGUUGGGCGGUUUUACAACAUUAUUGACUUUUCAUAUUAUUUUUUUUCACUUAUCAAUUUCUACCCACGUUUAUAAUCAAUCAUAUCUCUAUUAUUCUUGAAUAUUAUGAUGGGGAUACUGCAUUUAUUCCGAUACCCGCGCAUGUUUUGACUUGAAUAUUGAACUCUAAACUUUCAUUAAAUGAAACAAAAGCUUUCCACAUAAUUCUUCCGCACUUAAAUGAGGAUACUGCCCAACGUUUAUGUUCAGCCUUGAGAAAAGAUUUUGUUCUUUGUUUUUCAUUUACGUGUUAGAGGUGCUGCAACCAUGCUCUAAACCUUUGAAUCUGGAAUAUUUUCCGUGAAUAUUUGAUAAAAUUUUAGAUUUUUAUUGAUAUAAUUAGCAAGCAGAGAUUGAAAAAAAAAAGGCAAAAUAACUUGAACAUGUUUUUGCUAAUAAUGGGAAAUCAAGCAAUUAUCGUUUUAAGUCUCAUUUUUAAUUUGAUUAUUAAAUUCCUUCUUCAUAAUCAUCUUUGCCUCUUGUUCGGUAUCAUUUAUAUGAAUUAAUAAUAAUCUGGUGUAGACAAAAAAAUUCUUCAAAAACGGCUAGUUCGGAAAGGAGAUACCCAUAUUGAUUUUGUGUGGCUUGGAUUCAUCCCCCCAACAGUUUGAGCCUAUGACUCAAGAUUGGAAGCUACUCCCGAAACUAAUCCGAGUCAACUCUCUUGCAUUGCAUCCACACCAAAUCGCAGCUGGCGGAUGCGAAGGAUGUGAUGAGAGAAGUUCGGGAGUUGGGGGGCGUGAGGCUUCCUGUGUUGACGCCCAAUCUGAAAGGGUUUGACGCGGCCAUUGCAGCUGGUGCCAAGGAAAUUGCCAUUUUUGCAUCAGCUUCUGAGUCUUUUUCAAAGUCAAACAUCAACUGCAGCAUCGAAGACAGCCUUGUGCGUUAUCGUGAGGUUGUUGCCGCCGCUAAGAAGAAGAUGAUACCCGUCCGCGGGUACAGUCCUGGUUUGACUUUUGAUGUUCGAUUAUACGCAGUGCCUGAGAUCGCGUUGACUUUUGCUGACUGGAAGGCAGCUUGCUCCUGACGUAGGUAUGUAUCAUGCAUCGUGGGUUGCCCCGUGGAAGGCCACGUCCCCCCUUCUAAGGUGGCUUAUGUGGCGAAGGAGCUUCAUGACAUGGGCUGCUACGAGAUCUCCCUCGGCGACACAGUCGGCGUCGGUACUCCGGGUAUGAUUGUCAACCAUUUCUUCUCUCUCCUUUUCCCAGAUUCCUGGAAGAAACGUUGGUUAUUAAUGGCAAUCUACACAUUAUACAUUCAUCCAUGGCAGGCACCGUGUUUCCAAUGCUGGAGGCGGUGAUGUCGGUCGUGCCGGUCGAGAAGCUCGCCGUCCACUUCCACGACACCUACGGGCAAGCUCUCCCCAACAUCUUGGUCUCCCUCCAAGUAAGUGGGAAUUAUUAUCCGCAGUUCUCAUAGAACUGAUUAGAAUCCAGAGGGAGGUGGCCCAAUCCAUGCGAUGAUGAAUAUGCUGCUGCAGAUGGGGAUCGGCACCGUUGACUCCUCGGUGGCGGGGCUUGGGGGCUGCCCCUAUGCCAAGGGAGCUUCCGGCAACGUGGCCACUGAAGACGUGGUGUACAUGCUCAGUGGGCUGGGGAUAAAGACGGGCGUUGACCUUGGGAAGGUGAUCGCCGCCGGAGAGUUCAUCUGCAAGCAACUCGGGCGGCCGUCGGGGUCCAAAGCCGCCACCGCGUUGACCCGGAUCACCGCCGACGCCUCCAAGAUUUGA